AUGCAAGUAGGGGUGAAAAACUUAACACGUGUUUGUUCGAAAAUGGCUCGGACGAAAUCCCCUUCAGCAGCGUCUGAUAAAGAUAAGAAGAAACCGAAAGAAGUCAAGAAGAAGAAAGGUGAUUCCGGGUCCAGCAGCAGUGACAGUAGUGGCAGUUCAUCAGAGAGCAGUUCAUCAAGGUCUUCAUCGCGGUCAUCAUCCAGCAGUUCCGGCAGCUCAUCACGGUCAUCAUCGUCAUCUAGCUCAUCCAGCAGCAGCAGCAGCAAUAAUGAUCGUUCUAGACCAAAAAAGAAGAUCUCCCCAAACAAAAGCCCUAUUAAGGACCGCCGUGAACCAGAGAGGGACAAAAAUAGAGAUAGAUCACCCCUUGGUGAUAAGAAAAAGUUAUCAGUACCAUCAUCAAAUGAUAAAGCAAAGAGUAAGGAGAAACAUGACAGGUCACCUGGUCGCAAAAAGCGGGAGCGUUCUCCACCCCCACGACCUACAAGAAUUCAUAUUGGACGAUUGACAUUGAAUGUGUCGAGAGAUCACAUUCAUGAAAUAUUCUCAACUUAUGGCAAUGUUAAAGCUGUUGAGUUCCCAAUGGAUAGACUACAUCCUCAUAAUGGUCGUGGUUAUGCAUAUGUGGAGUUCAGCAAUGCAGAUGAAGCAGAAAAUGCUAUGAAGCAUAUGGAUGGAGGGCAAAUUGAUGGGCAAGAAAUCACAGCGGCUCCAGUUCUGAUACCUUCUCGUCCACGACGUCCUUCGCCGCGUCCUCCGCCGCCAAGGCACGCCCCACCACGACGACACUCACCACCGAGGUACCGUCGGCGUAGCCCCCUGCCGCGGAGGCGCUCUCCGCCAAGACGGCGCCGCUCCCGCUCGCGUUCACCACGCGCUGCGCCACGUCGCCGUCGCUCCAGAUCCAAAGAUCCUGUUUCCAAUGCCAAGUAG